UAUCGCUCGCCAAGUUUGACAAGCAAAGUGCGCUUUCGCGGAAAAGUGUGCAAAAGAGGUGGAAAAUCGGGCGAAAACUGUUGUGAAAAGUGCCUCGAGUUUAUUUUAGGGAAAAUGCUAACGUAAUUUGAUUGUGUUCAGUGCGUAUUUUGCAGGAAAUUCCGUGUAAAUUGCAGCUACAGUGGUUGUUUAUAUGUGGCAUUUUUUUGGGCUGCAAGAGACGUGUUUUUGUGUGAGAGAAAAAGAGCCACUGGCUGCGACAAAGUGAUAAAAGAAGGUUGAGGAGAGUUUUUUUCUCUGAAUAAAAUAAUCAAACCUCCGCCGGAGGAGCAAGAGGAAGUUGUGGUGUCUCUGUGGUGGAAGAAAGUGUUCCAAAGAUGCCAUUCAAGCUGAAGCUGAAGAAGCGCUCUCGCCAUUACAACGUCACAUCAAAGAAUCUAUUUGUUAUUUCUGUUGAGCACUUGCUAGAUUCCUCAGCAUGUGUGGACUGUACGUUGGAUUCGGAGAGCACAGGGAAGGAAUGCCUGGCAAAUGUGUGUCAGCGUUUAUCGAUAAAUCAACCCGAAUUCUUUGGGCUGCGGUACAUAAUGAAGGAGAACACGACAGAAUCUCGCUGGAUUGACCUGGAGCGCCCGCUGAAUCGGCAACUGGAGAAGUACGCAUCGUCGCAGAAACUUUCACUGCGGGUCAUGUACUACGUGGAGUGUGGGGUGUCAAUGAUACGCGACGAUACGACGCGCUAUUACUAUUUUCUCCAAGUUAAGAGUGACAUUGUUGAGGGACGGAUACACUGUGAUCCGCAGCAGGCAGUUCUCUUGGCCAUCUAUGCGCGCCAGGCGGAAUCGGAUAUUCAUCAGAAGGAGAAGCACACGAUUGACUACCUGAAGACAAUGCUACCCUUCCCCAAACGCCUCAUCGAGGAGGGGUUGUCGGAGAAGUUAACAGAGGAGGUGCUGCAGCAGAAUUCGGAACGAAACAAUCUCACGCAGUCAGCUGCAGAGGAGCUGUACAUACUCACGUGUCAGCAGCUCGAGGGCUAUGGGCAGGAGAGAUUCCCCGCGAAGGAUGAUGCGGGGAAUGAGGUCUUCCUUGUGCUCUCUGUGUGGGGAAUCACCGUUGUGGGGGCAAAUCAGGCAAAAGUCUACCGUUGGCGAGAUAUCACGAAUGUUGUGAAUCUCAAGAAGAACUUUAGUAUUGAGUGCACCGUGCCGGAGAAUAGUGUGGGCUUCACAAUGCCCGAUGGGGAGAUGGGACGCUACUUUUGGCGCCUGUGUGUCCUGCAGCAUCUCUUCUAUGCCUCCAAUGAGAAGAAUAUGAUUUCAGGUCCACCGAAUUCCUCGUCCGGGGCUAUGAAUAUGAAUGUAUUUCAGCAAGCAAGAGGGGAGAGUGUGAUGGAUAGUCGGGAGAAUUUACUAAUUGAACAAGCAGCGAGUAAUUGGCGAGCAUCGGAUCAACAGCUGAGUGGUGGGAAAUGGCAAUCAUCGUCGGAUUUUGUGGUCAACAACAUGCCCCCACUGACGACGUCACAGCAAACAAUUGACUCCAGCUGGGCUGCAUCCACACAGCAAAUGCCAUCGACACAGAAUAGCAGCAAUUGGGGCUUAGCACCACCAUUUGCCGGCUCCAAUGCAUCGCUAAGUAAUCGCGCGCAGAGUUCAUCGUGCCUCGAUCUCACGAAUAAUAAUACAAAUGGACUGGCAGUGCCGCAAGAGAGGCAGGAUGACAAAUUGGCGGCAUAUCGUCAACUUUUGCCAACAUAUCGUCAAGCACCGGACUACGAGACGGCUAUUCAGCAGAAAUAUCGUCCAAAUUCAAGUGAAGUUCGUCUCAAUAGUAGCGUCAUCCAGAUGCCUUCGGGACUCCUUUCCGAUGGCCAUGCAGCCGUUCCGUUGUACAGUGGCAGUCAACCUGAUGUCCACAGAGCAGCUCUAACGGCGGACAUGAUUUUCGGAGCACAACUGCAGCAACACUACCCGGAUGUGACACAAACAACAAAUCCAAUGUACAACGCAGCUGGGCACCUUGUGGACUCUACUGGGGUCUACGGGAUGGACAGUAUGACGCAGAGAUUUCGAAUGAUGAAGCUGAAUAAGCCACCACCGCCGUAUUCGGCAAAUAGGCUCAGUUCAACGUCCACACCUGACCUCGCUUUGGCAUCUCAUCGUGCUCUAAUGGGGUACCGUGGGGCGUACGUUUCGGGUUCAAGUCCGGAUCUCGUGUCAUCGCGCACUUUCCUCACAAAUCCCUACAAUCAGGCGACCUACAUGAAAUCCCAUGCAGCUGUUAUCAAUCCUGGGUAUUAUCACAUGGCCGGCGGAGGGGGAACAGUGCGACUGCGGCACUCUCAGAGCUACCUACCGCAUGGGACGUAUGAGAAUUUGAAUUAUAUCGAAGCGAAUGGGGUGACAAAGCCACCACCACCGCCGCAGAUGCAAUCAAACAAUAUCUACUACUGCCUCCAGCAGCACGAUGUGGAGCAAUUGCUGCAGAAUGGGACGAAACAGCUGCUUCACAGUACACCAUCGUUGGCGCAUCAGAUGAAUGGUGGGGGUUCCGUGGAGCCGAUCUAUGAGAAUGUGCCGCUGCCGUGGCACAAAGAUGCUGCUGCCACCCCAGUGCGUGAGAGAGCAUCAAGUGUGACGUCUGGUGUGAAGCAGCAAGUCGACAAUACGCCCACAGUUGAUGCAAUACUCAAUAGUCGAGAACGUAGCUACGUGGAUGUGGCGGACGCACACAAAAUGGAUCAUUUGCCACUCACAAAAACUGCCUCAAAUCCCAUUUCGAGUGCUUCCGGCGUCUACACAAACAGUCCCCACGUGGAGACAACAACAUCCCGCAUCAAUCACGACCACAGUGGCAGCAAAAGGAUACCCGAGAGUGCGGAAUCAUCCCCCAAAGCUUCCCUAAAUCGAUCACAUUCAACAAAUCUCCUGGAUUCAUCGCAAAGUUCCAACUACACCGUCGCAACGACGGAUUCGGGCAUAAGUGCGGGGAGUAAGGAGAAACGUAAGAAACGCUGGGGAAUUCUUAGUCGUAGCAAGAAUUCUCUGUCGGAUAAGCAAAAAAGUGCCACACUCGGGAGGGAGAAGAGUAAAAGUAAGAAUACCCUGUCAAAGGAUGAAGAGGAUAACAUUAAGCAUCGAUGGUCAACGGGAUUGCCGCGUUUGCAGCCACUCUCGGCGAAUAUAAGCAAAGAAAAAUUGUGCCAAAUUCUCGAAGAUAAAUUAAAUGACGAAGAAUUAUUCAUUGAAUUUGAACGAAUUCCAAAGCGGAAGGACAAUGCAAAGUACGAGGUGGCUCUUCAUGAGGAGAAUAAAAUGAAGAAUCUUGAUCCGAAUUUUCUGCCGCAUGACGACAAUCGGGUCCGUUUGGUGCCAUCAAUGAACAAUCGGAUGGGCUAUGUGAAUGCCUCGCAUGUGACGGCAACAGUGGGCUCAAAACAGCGCUUCUACAUUGUAGCACAGAGCCCCUUUGAUACGGCAACGGCAGAUAUUUUUUGGAAGUGCGUGUGGGAGGCCGAUGUCUAUCUUCUCGUUCAACUUUCAGCGGAAAUUCAAUAUGUUCCAUCGUGUUCAGAUAAAUGUCUCGAAUAUGGACAGUAUCAAGUUUGGCGGGAAUUCUCUCAAGAGACUGAUCGGUGUAUCACCAGCAAAUUGAGAAUUUAUCAUACGCAGAGCAAAAGGUAUCGCUCAGUGUGGCACAUUUACUACUCAGACUGGAAUGAACUCAAUACACCCAAAUCCGUUGGACAUUUUUUAGAUUUCCUGGAAGAAUUGAACUCCGUACGCAUGGCGUCGGUGAAUGAGAUUCCUCCUGGUCACAAUACAAAUCCCCCUGUUUUAAUUCACUGCUCUGAAGGUGGAGGACGCUCAGGUGUGACCCUCGCAGCGGAUCUUCUCCUCUUUACACUCGAUCACAAUCAGGAUCUCGAUAUUCCGCGUGUUGUGGGUCAAAUGCGCCAUCAACGGGACAAUAUUGUGCCUUCACUCAUACAAUACAAAUUCAUCUAUGCCGUCCUCAUUCACUACCUGAAACGGACACGACUCAUCUAAAAGAGAGAGAGAAGGGGGUCUUCCCAAAGGAAAUAUCCACAUCCCUGUUCCAUUUUUUGGGCAGGAGAGAGAGACGAAUUUAAGCUUCCUGGAGAUUUAUAAUUGUAAAUUAAUUUUUAUUGUAUUUUGUGAUAUUAUUGGGCGAUUUAGCUCUAUGUGGCAGCAACUUCUUUUCAAGCAGGAAGUGCAUCAUGGAGAUGAACGCACGUGUGUGUGUGUGCCUUCUUUUUGAGAUGAGGAAUAAUAAUGCAGAAUAAUUCUCA